AUGGAUGCAGAUGACGCCGCCGCAGAAGUUUCACCGGGUGCGACGUUUGGACCGCCUGGUGACGAGUACGAAAUUGGGAAACAGCUGGGCAAUGGAGCCGCUUCCCGGGUGUUUGCAUGCAGGCGCCUCAACACCAACGAGCAGCUAGCCGUGAAAGCCGUGGACCUGCGACGCUUAUGCCUGCUUGGCGACCUCCAGGACCAGAUGACCCGCUUAGACAGCGAAGUCGGAAUCCUCCACGAGCUCAGACAUGAGAGAAUCGUGAAUCUUCAGGGAUUCCACAAGACGGACAACUGGUAUUUCCUCGUGAUGGAGUUAGUUGGCGGAGGAGAACUCUUCGACCUCAUUGUCCGCAACAAGUCGCUCAAUGAGGCGGAAGCGAGACACAUCUUUCUCCAGCUCCUGGAGGGCGUUGGCUACAUGCACGCGCGAGGCGUGCUACACCGGGACCUCAAACCUGAGAACAUCCUCGUGGCGGGGUCCAGGCCGGCCGACGCGCCCGCUUCGGGGCAGCUUUACGACGUGAAGAUCGCUGACUUUGGGCUUUCCAAGGCCAUCGGAGGCGGCGCCUCUCUAGCGAGGACGCGCGUGGGAACGCCUCAGUACUGGGCCCCAGAGGUCCUGGACGUGCAGAAACGGGGCGGCUCCUACGACCAAGCGGCCGAUUUUUGGGGUUUGGGCGCAGUCCUCUUUGUGAUGCUUUGUGGCAGGUAUCCUUUUGACGGCCAGAAGCAAGCUCUGGAUGACCAAAUCCGCACGGCCUCAUACAGCAUGACAGGCUCACGAUGGCGGAACAUCUCCGAAGCUGCGAAGAGCCUCGUGCGUGGGCUUCUGCGGGUCAACCCGGUAGACAGGCUCUCCUUGGAUGAUUGCCUCAGCCAUCCGUGGGUCACUGGUGCGCCCAUGCCGCUACCACGGCGGCUGCCUCUCACACCUGCAGUGCCUGCCUCCGGCAAGAAGUGCUUGGAACUGGCGCAGCAAGCGGACCUGGCGCAGAAGAUGGCCGUCAUUGCAGAGUCACCUUCAGGGGAAGGUGAGGUCAGGAACUCCGAGGACUUCCGGAAUCUUGCGAACUUGGACUCUGAGCGCCUGGCGGAGCGUGCCCCGUCCACGAGCUGCUGCAGCGCUUCAGACUCUGACCUGGGCAAGAGCUGCAGCCGCAAUGCAAGCACAUUCAGUAGCCCGGACGAGGAGGCGCAAAGUUUGCAGGUCGUCUCCUUCCUCGCAGGCAAGAACCUUCGCUUCGGCCGCUGGUACUGGCUGCUGAUCCUGCUUCUCGGCCUCGCUCUUUGGCGCUGCCGCACUCGACGCGAGCUGAUUCCUGGCGAGUUGCCCACCAUGAGCUUGGACAAGCAGCCCGCCGGCUACAACACGAAUCUCAGCGGUGACGGUGACGAGAAGAGCAUGCUCGCGGCACUCGACAUGCAGACGCCCCUGUACUAUCUGGGUGGUGCGCAUCGAGGAGCUGCAGAAGCGCUUCUCCUGGAAGCACCGGCAGAGGGGCACAAAAAGAACAGCAUCUUCCAACUCAUAGAGAUGCUGAAGAGCCAGGUAGCCAUCGCAGGCUCCCUACAGAUGGCGAACAUCGCCGUGCGCCACGUGGACCGAGAGCUUGCAGAGGCGACGAGCAGCGCCUACGAGCAGGCACGCGACCUUUUCAAGAAAGCCGCAGACGUGGUCUCACGCUAUGCGGACGUCGCGAAGCAGGUGAGUGAGCACGUUCUGCCCGACCUCCAACUGGCCGUCGAAGAGCAGGAGCCGGGAAUGGCGGCAGACAUGCUUGAGAUGGUCAAGGAGUGGGUGGCUGCCAUGAAGAAGGACAGCGACCUCAUUCGAAGCAAUUACGGGGAGCUUCAGUCGGCCGUCCUGACGUUGGUGGAUCGAACCUCCCGCAGCAAGCAGGCAGCAGACGACAAGCUCGCAGCUGCCGUGGCCACGGCCAAGGAGGCCCAGAUUGCCAAGGCGACGCAGAACCAAACACACGGCUCAGGCGAUCCGAGCAGUGCCAGCUGCGGCUUUCCAGAUGAACAGAUCGGGAAGCCCUACCAGGUGGCUACGCGGAGCAGCGACGUGUCCCGUGAGGUGGAGACGCACGUCGCCGAGGUGGACUCGCUCAUUGAGGUCACGGAUGAGUCCAUUCAGUUGCAAUCAAGCGUGACCACCACUCCGCAGUUGACCAGCAGCGAGUACAUGGCUUUGGUGCCGUACAAAGACAGCCUCUUCCCCGAGGCCGAGGGCGCAGCCGGACACGCCGCCGACUCCUCCAAGAGCUUGCUUAAGGCCUUGCACGAACUUCGGCGCGUGGACUCUAUUUUGGAGGGUUGCUCCGUGUUUUGGGCCGGCAUGGAUCGUGCUGUCCAUCAGCUGGGACAGAUGAAGCAGCAUGCGGAGCGUCUUGUGAAAGUCGCCACGAGCACUGCGAAGCUUAGGGAACGCUUCGACCAGCGGAUGUUGGAGACGCUUGGACUUGGCAAUCUUGGCCAGGUUUCGGUUUAUGUGCAUGAAGUGCCUAUUCUCGUUUCAUUCAAUGAUUGUACAAGGGCUGGCAGUUGGUGCAUGUGCAUCUAA